GCGGAGCCUGCGUGCGGCGUGACGCGAGCACGCUGCGGCCCGCGCUCGGUGGCUGCGACCCUGGGCUGUGGGCCUGAGAGGUGACCAAAGCCACAUAAUGUCAGUUAUCCGUUCGUCUGUCCAUGCUAAAUGGAUUGUGGGGAAGGUGAUUGGGACAGCAAUGCAGAAAACUGCUAAAGUGAGAGUCACCAGGCUUGUGCUGGAUCCCUAUCUAUUAAAGUACUUCAAUAAGAGAAAGACCUACUUUGCCCACGAUGCCCUCGAGCAGUGCACGGUCGGGGAUAUUGUGCUCCUGAAAGCUUUACCCGUCCCCCGGACAAAGCACGUGAAGCAUGAACUGGCCGAGAUCAUCUUCAAAGUGGGAAGGGUGAUAGACCCGGUGACGGGGAAGCCCUGUGCGGGCACCACCUACCUGGAGAGUCCGCUCCAUGAGGAAACCCCCCACGUAACCCAAAGCCUGGAAGAACUGCACAUCUCAGCCCCUUGAAGGAGGAGCCAGAGGGAAGGACUGACCCCUGGGCUCUGUGGAAAUGAGAGCUGCCUGCUUUUCAUCACAGACCGUCCACUGUCACCUGUAGUGUUUCUGAAAUAGCUCAGAGUGAAUGAGGUAAAGGUCUUGCUCUAAUUUUUUUUUUUGUAAGAGCUUAUGAUCCAGUCUCAGAUUCUCUUGAAGUAAACAUAACUUUUAUGUUA